AUGAGAGAUCAACCGCAUCCCAGGCUGCCCAGUGGCGAGAGCGUACCAGCACGACCAAAAGGCAUCCUGAAGAACAGCUCGUUCUCCAAUUCCAGGUCUCCCCAUGGCUCCGCGAGACUAACGUCUUCGACCUUCUCCUUGGACCCCACCACAAGCCAACAAUACCCAUUUGAUAAUAAAGAACUCACCCUCCAAAACACGCUACAAAAUGCUGGCCGUUCUCCCGCUGACACCCGACAUUCAUUAUCCCGCCGCCAAUCCAAUGCCUCCGGUCCCAACGGCAGGCUCAUACAUGACGAUGAUAACUCACCCCGCCUGAAGUGGGACGAAGUAAACCUGUACCUCACGGAACAGGAGAAAUCUUCAACCAUGAAAAUUGACGAACCGAAAACACCCUACGUCCCCCGAUAUAAUCCCGAUGAAGACGACGAUGACGACGUUGAUAUGGGCAUCGGUGCGGAUGAUUUGGCUGUUGAUGAGCUGGAUAUGUAUAAGGUGCGGCAACAUCGUGUUCGUGAUGAGGAUAUUCCUGGCUUGGAGCUCGGGGAGCCUGAGGAGUCUGGCUGGGAGGAUGGCCAGCUAAGUGGUUCCGGGAGAAUUUCUGAGAGCAGCCGUAGGAUGAGCAGUGGGAGUUCGGGACGGUCGGAGAAGCAUGUCGUUGUAGGAGAGGAUGGGAGCGCGGACGAUCGUGCCGCUAGGGACUAUAGCUCGGAGGCAAGUCGGAAGCAUCAUGAUUUCGAGGAAAAACGGAAGAAGCAUUAUGAGAUGAGCAUGGUGAAAGGGUUGCUCGGUCACCCAGAAGACAUCGACGCUCUUGCGGGAGAUGACGAUGACGAUGCAGAUGGAAAUGAUGAUGCUAGAGAAGACAGGCAAAGCAAUGGCGUACAACAUCCGCCUCCCAUGCCGGGUACAAAUACACAGCAAUGA